UGCGCUCACACCUCAUUCACCGCAGAUCAGUGAGUGAACAUCAAAAGGGGAACUCAGUUUUGGUUCGGAUCAGUGCCCAACGUCUUUCUUGUAUGAGGAAGUGAAGCUAUUUGUCAAUCACUAUCUCUGAGAGGUGAAAUGGCGCAGCGAGGAAUUCAGAUGGACGAGGAAAAACUCUGCUGUUCGAUCUGUUUGGAUCUACUGAAGGAUCCGGUGACUAUUUCCUGUGGUCACAACUACUGUAUGAGCUGUAUUAGAAGCCACUGGGAUGAAGAGGAUCAGAAGGGAAUCUACAGCUGUCCUCAGUGCAGACUGCUCCUUGUACCGAGGCCUGUGCUGUUGAAAAACACCAUGUUGGCAGAUUUAGUGGAGGACCUGAAGAAGACAGGACUCCAAGCUGCUCCAGCUGAUCACUGCUAUGCCGGACCUGGAGAUGUGGCCUGUGAUUUCUGUACUGGGAGAAAGCUGAAAGCUCUCAAGUCCUGUCUGCAGUGUCUGGUCUCUUACUGUGAGCAGCACCUCCAGCCUCACUAUGAAUCCCCUGCCUUUGAAAAACACAAGCUGGUCGACGCCACCAAGAAGCUUCAAGAGAACAUCUGCACUCGUCACAAUGAGGUGAUGAAGAUUUUCUGCCGCACUGAUCAGCAGUGUAUCUGUUAUCGCUGCUCCAUGGAUGAACAUAAAGGCCACGACACAGUCUUAGCCUCAACAGAAAUGACUGAGAAACAGAAAGAGCUCGGGGCGAGUCGGCAAAAGAUCCAGCAGAGAAUCCAGAAGAGAGAAAAAGAUGUGAAGGUGCUCCAGCAGGAGGCGGAUGCUAUCAAUUGCUCCGCUGAUAAAGCAGUGGAGGACAGCGAGAAUAUCUUCACAGAUCUGAUCUGUCUCAUUGAGAAAAGAAUCUCAGAUGUGAAGCAGCAGGUCAGAUCUCAGCAGAAAACUGAAGUGAGUCGAGUCAAAGAGCUUCAGAAAGAGCUAGAGGAGGAGAUCAUCGAACUGAGGAGGAAAGACACUGAGCUGGAGCAGCUGUCACACGGAGAGGACCACACCCAGUUUCUACUCAGGUACCCCCUUCUGUCACAUCUUAGUGAAUCUACAGACUUACCCAGGAAAAAUAUCUGUCCUCUGAGGUAUUGGGAGGAUGUGCCAGUGGCUGUGUCAGAGGCCAGAGAUAGACUACAGGACAUUCUUAGUGAGGAAUGGAUCAAGAUCUCACAUACACUGACUAACCAGGAUGUGCUACUGCCACAAGAAGACCCCAAGAGCAGAGAUGAAUUCUUAAAGUAUUCACAAAGAAUCACACUGGAUCCAAACACAGCACACCCUCGGCUGUUAUUAUCUGAGGAGAACAGAAAAGCAACAAACAUGAGUAAAAAACAAUCGGAUUCUAGUCAACCAGAUCGAUUUAUUAACAGGUCUCAGGUCCUGAGUCAAGAGAGUCUGACUGGACGUCAUUACUGGGAGGUAGAGUGGAGUGGGAUAGGUGUUCAUGUAGCUGUCACAUACAAGGAUAUUGCCAAAAAAGGAGCAGAAAGUGAAUUUGGAAACAAUGACAAGUCUUGGGCAUUAGAUUGUUCAGUUGAAGGUUAUGAAUUCAGUCAUAACGGAAGUGAUACUUCUAUCUCAGGUCCUCAGUCCUCCAGAGUAGGAGUGUACCUGGAUCACAGGGCAGGUAUUCUGUGUUUCUACAGCGUCUCUGAAACCAUGACUCUCCUCCACAGAGUCCAGACCACAUUCACUCAGCCACUCUAUGCUGGGCUCAGGGUUUAUAGUAUUUUGGGUUUUAGAUCAUCUGCUGAGUUUUGUGAGCCAGAAGACAAAGGCUGUUAAAGAGGCACUGGGUGAGUUUUUGUUGUGAGUGUGUAAAUACAUCUUUAUCUAUCUUUGCUGCUCAGCUGCCUUCACUGUUUGAUCACAAUCACUGAUCAUAUGACUACAGGAGUUUUCUUUUUUAUUCAAAUACCUUUUUAAUUUUGGUUAUUGUGUCUACUGAAAAAAACAACAAAAAAAUAAAUAAUAAAAAAUGUUAAAAACUGAGAUAUUAACUAAAAUAUUCAAAAAGAAAUAUACAACAUAAUGUAAUGGUUAAUGGUAAAAGAGAUGGAGCUGUUCAUUGAUAUUGAUCAGUAUUCAUUGUGUAUAUUACUAAUUCAAUGUUUCUGGGAUAUUUAUAUUAUUUGUAACAUGGUUAUAUGGAAAUAAAUAGAUUUUGAACUAAAACUUCUAGUAAACAGUAAAUAUGUAAACAAUAAACAUGACCAAAACAUGGAGAGCGCCUGAGUAUAUCUUUAUAAAUUAUAUCAUAAAUGUUGUAUUUUAGUGUAUUUUCAUCAAAUGUAUAGUUACUGUUGUAGUCAAAGUGUAGUAUAAUACAUUCAGUUGCAUCACAUGUCUGUGGGAUCAUGGCUUUAAUGGUGAUAUUGCCUUUGAAAUUAAGAUUUUAUACUAUGCUUUUUUUUAUUGCUUCUCCAUUGGAAUCUCCAUGUUAAUGUAGUUUUGUUUACAAACCAUUUAUUCAUAUUACUUAGUUUCUAACCUUUCUAAUGAGACCAAAUAUGCAUACAUGCCUUAUGAUUGAGGAACUGGUCGUGAUUUUUCUGAGGAAUAAGGCUAGAGCUCAGGAGGUUAAAUAAUGUGUAUAUGGAUAUAAGAAUGUAUGGAAAGAGUGAACCAGUUUACCAAUUUACUGAUUGGAUAUGUGAACAAAAUUAAUCAAUAAAGUUUUUUCAAAAUGAA